CCGUGGGGCGGCCGCGCGCGCGGGAUGCGGGACUAGCGGGCGCGCGGCCGACCGUCGGGGCGUCCCCCCCCCCCUCCGGCGCCGCCCCCCGCGCUGGCCGGGCCCCGAGCCGCCGCCUUCCCGCCUCCUGCUUUCCGCGGCUACGGCCGCCCGCGCCCUGACGGCUGCGGUAUGCGUAUUCCCGUAGACCCGAGCACCAGCCGCCGCUUCACUCCCCCCUCCACGGCCUUCCCCUGCGGCGGCGGAAAGAUGGGCGAGAACAGCGGCGCGCUGAGCGCGCAGGCUGCCGCGGGCCCCGGCGGCCGCACCCGGCCCGAGGUGCGCUCAAUGGUGGACGUGCUGGCCGACCACGCGGGAGAGCUUGUGCGCACCGACAGCCCCAACUUCCUCUGCUCCGUUCUGCCUUCGCAUUGGCGCUGCAACAAGACUCUGCCAGUCGCCUUCAAGGUGGUGGCACUGGGGGACGUGCCUGAUGGGACGGUGGUGACAGUGAUGGCCGGCAAUGAUGAGAAUUACUCCGCUGAGCUACGCAAUGCUUCCGCUGUCAUGAAGAACCAAGUGGCCAGGUUCAACGACCUUCGCUUCGUGGGCCGGAGCGGGCGAGGGAAAAGUUUCACGCUCACAAUCACCGUGUUCACCAACCCUACCCAAGUGGCCACCUACCACCGAGCCAUCAAGGUCACCGUGGAUGGACCCCGAGAGCCCCGACGGCACCGGCAGAAGAUAGAAGAUCAGACCAAGGCCUUCCCCGACCGCUUCGGAGACCUGCGCAUGCGUGUAACGCCCAGCACCCCCAGCCCCCGGAGCUCGCUCAGCACCACGAGCCAUUUCAGCAGUCAAGCCCAGACCCCAAUCCAAGGCUCCUCAGACCUGAACCCCUUCUCGGACCCACGCCAGUUUGACCGCUCAUUCUCUACGCUGCAAAGCCUCACGGAGAGCCGCUUCCCGGACCCCAGGAUGCACUACCCGGGCGCCAUGUCUGCCGCCUUCCCCUACAGCGCCACGCCGUCGGGCACCAGCCUGGGCAGCCUGAGCGUGGCGGGCAUGCCAGCCAGCAGCCGCUUCCACCACACCUACCUCCCGCCGCCCUAUCCCGGGGCCCCUCAGAGCCAGAGCGGGCCCUUUCAGGCCAACCCCGCGCCCUACCACCUCUUCUACGGUGCCUCCUCCGGCUCCUACCAGUUCUCCAUGGCGGCUGCGGGCGGUGGCGAGCGCUCGCCCACCCGCAUGCUGACCUCCUGCCCCAGCGGCGCCUCGGUGUCCGCGGGCAACCUCAUGAACCCCAGCCUGGGUCAGGCUGAUGGCGUGGAGGCCGAUGGCAGCCACAGCAACUCGCCCACGGCCCUGACCACGCCGGGCCGUAUGGACGAGGCCGUGUGGCGGCCCUACUGAGCAGCACCCUGGGGACUCGCGGGCCACCAGGACUGGCCCUCCAGCUCCAGGCUACAAGAAGAAACAGACUUUGGCCUGGUCCCAGGGGCCAGAGCUAGCAAUGGCUCCCAGAGCUCUGUCCAACAAGUUUGAACAGAGAAUGUGAGGACCUCCCCCAGGACACUGCCCCAGCCCAGACCCACCUCUGUUUUCUCCAGCCAUGCCUAGGAUUAUCUCCUGAGUCAGAGGCUACCCCUGUCCAUGAGGAAGGAGGCCUUUGCUGGCAAGAGAAGCCCAGGCUCGGAGAUAUCCAUACUUCCUCUCUCUCACCCUGCACCCGGGGACCAGCCCUCACUCUGCAUUCGUACCCAUCAAGUCAACUGGAAACCCCAACCCCUGAGAUGAAGGACCCAGGACACACCCCCACAAUCCCAGACUUGACUUCCCCCAUUACCCUAGGCAAGUGAUCCUUGGCCAGUUCUAGCUUCCCCUAAAGAUAUCAAGCUCCAGAGCAGACCCAUCCCUGGUGGCAGGUCCCUAAAGUGAGGAUGGCCUCAACACCUCCCAGCACAUUCCAGCCUGAAGGGACAGCUUGGUUCUCAGGGGCAGAGAGGUGGGAGCAGAAAGGCUCACCGUGGGAAGCAAUGGGAUGGCCAACAUCCCUGCUCAGUAGGCUCCCUCGGUCCAGCCGAGCUGUGUCCCAGGUCUUGACUCCCAACCCAACCCGCAGCUCUGCUCCCUACAUGUUUAUAAGAAGAAAACAGCCUAGAAGCCAAAGAAAAAGUGGCUUCGUCAUGCGUUUUAAAACGAAGUCUGAGAGAUGAGGUACUGUGUAUCUGAAAGCCCCGCCUCUACUGGUGUGAUGUCAGCAGGAUCCUGCCACUCUCGGACCCCACAUUCCUCAUAGGAGGGCAGGGGGCUCCAGGAGACCUUUUGGGGUCUCUGCUGAGGUGUGCAAUUGCAGAUCAGUGUCCAGACAGAGGUCAGAUGGGAAGUGAGGUCUUGGCCUAGGGCUUGGGUCAUGGAGACUGUGGGAAACUGACAGUGGGCUAGGUUAGAAGGCUUUACCAGAGCUGCUCCACAAACUGAGUGAGCCACAUCCUGUGUGGCCUUGGAGCGUUCCUCUAAAAGGCUCCUUAGUGACGUCUCUGUGGUAGUGCUUGGCCUUCCCCCACCGGUAAGCACUCCGCAGGUCAGAGAGUCCUGACAAUCCCUUGCAAAAGCCUCUUGUUUGUUACAGUUUCU